UCGCUUGGGUGACAGGCUGGCUCGCUCGUGCUCUCAGGCGAGGCAGCGCCGGUAGCGGUCUCCGUCACCGGGCGGUCGGGAAGGCAUGUGCCUAUGAUAAUGGAGAUAAAGGACUCAGGCAGCGUGGUCCUGACAGCCUACCAUCCCCACAGCCCGGCUAGGAUGCCGGGCAUGGAGCAGAGCUUUGGGCAAGAGAUCCCCUCCAGCCAUUCGCCCACCAGCAGAUUUAGACUGUCUCUGCCUCAUAUACAACUAUCCUCUGGCCGGCAGCUGGAAAGAAGUGGCUAGAUUUUAAGAAAUUCUAAAAUCUCUCUCUCGCUGUCGAAGGAUUAACAGGAUGCUUUCCAACGAGCCUACAUCUCCUCCUGCGUUCAGUCGUUCCAACUCGCAGGUGUCCAUGGACAGCACCUCCAUGGAAGACUUCUGGUGCGAAGUGGAGAGCAUUAAGGAGAGCAGUGAAGAUGGAUGUGAAGAACCAACGCUCUUGGAGUUCAAACCUGCUGAUGAAGGGGAGCUGGAGGCUGAAUGGCUGCAAGACGUGGGUUUAUCGACACUGAUCUCAGGAGCCGAAGAGGAGGAUGGCCAAGCCCUGCUGUCCACCCUGACCCGAACACAAGCUGCUGCAGUGCAGAAGAGAUACAACACCUACACUCAGACUCUGAGGAAGAAGAACAAGCACGCAGUCAGGGAUGUGCGAGACAUCUUUGGCAUCAAUGACUCUUCUCCCACAUUUGAGACAGUUCCAGUGUCACCAGUUCCUUCUAAUGGUAUCCAGCUUCCUGGGCAGAAGCCAGUUUGGAAAUCAGUUAGCUCUAAUAGCUGUCUAGACUGUGGACUAGAUAAAGGCAGCCCAUCGGUAACAGAAGAGCUCUCCUACGAGGUUUCUUUCUCGGAGUCCAUUACAGUCGUUCCAAAAACCCGAGAAUGGCAGAAAAACCAGAGAUUCAAAAAGGACGACUCCGCUUUGCCUAAAUUCAUUGUUCGGAAAAGCCGGUUUGGGUUGACAGACGUUGGAGACCUUUCUCCUGAGGACAUGAAGAAGAUCCGCUACCUCUCCCUGAUUGAGUUAACAGCCUUCUAUGACGCUCUGGGGGUGGAACUGAAGAGGAACAGAAUGGAAAGAAUCAAAGGACGAGAAAAUGGUCUUUUUGGAGUCCCUCUCACAGUACUGCUGGAUAACGAUCAGAAGAAGGUUCCUGGCAUAAAAGUUCCUCUCAUCUUCCAAAAAUUGUUACUCAAGCUUGAGGAAACAGGUUUAGAAACUGAAGGAAUUCUUCGAGUGCCUGGAUCUGCUUCAAGAGUUAAGAAUCUCCAUCAAGAACUUGAGGCAAAAUUUUACGAGGACACUUUCGACUGGGACCAAGUACGAAAUAAUGAUGCAGCAGGACUGCUGAAAAUGUUUAUAAGAGAACUCCCAAGCCCUCUCUUCACAGUAGAAUAUCUACCUGCUUUCAUCACAUUAGUAGAAAAAAUCUCCAAGAUCAAGUUACAGCUACAGGCUUUGCAUCUGCUGAUCAUGCUGCUGCCUGAAGCCAACAGAGACACAGCCAAGGCCUUUCUUCAGUUCCUAAAGAAGGUCGUUGCCAAUGAAGGGAAAAAUAAAAUGAAUCUGUGGAAUGUUUCUAUGAUUGUUGCACCAAACCUCUUCAUCUACAAAGGCAAACGUGCAAACCAACAAGAAAUGCAAGCAGCUGCCACCACCGCACACAUUGUGCGACUUUUAAUUAGGUACCAGGACAUCUUGUGGACAGUCCCAUCAUUCCUGAUUUCUCAGGUGAGAAAAAUGAAUGAGGCAGCAAUGAACAACAGCAAGAGGCAGCUGAUGUUUGACAAAGGGGUGAGAAAACUUCUGAGGAGAAAGACCAUGGAGAGAGAGAGACCUGAAAGACCAGAGGGAGCGGUCACUUUUCCCCCAUACCUGCAGUCUGACAUACCUGAGGGAGUGAUAAGAGUUUAUGCUCCGCUGCAUUCAAAAGUCUCUAUGGCUAUUCAACUCAACAGCCAAACAAAAGCCAAAGACAUCCUGGCUCGAUUCCACUGUGAAAACAGCCACGGAUCAUCACGGAACAUGGGAGCCCAGAUCCAAAGUUUACAUGAAAUUGGAGGAAAUAUAGGUCAGCACUGUCUGGACCCGGAUGCAUACAUGUUAGAUGUUUACCGCGCAAAUCCUCAGGCAGAAUGGGUGAUAAAGCCAAAAGCAAGCUGAAGCGCAAGGCAGCAGUGUGCUGGACAAAGGCCAAAAGGACAAGCGCAAUGCCGGCCGUUUUACGAAGCUCAUACCACAUAUUCAAGUAAAACGGUAGCUCCGGGCUACAACUCCCUCCUACCGUACCGUACAGCCGAUGUUCACCAUGUACUAAUUUUGGUAUGAGAAUUACCACUCCAGGUUCUGGAACACUGGAAAACAUCACAUCGGUUAUGCUUUGGUAUGGAUUGUACUGGUACCAGCUGGGCCAGGAGGAAGGACCGAGGUACCGAGGCACAGAAAACAGCCUGCUGCAUACAGAGUUGUUUUGUUUCCUGAGCUAGUGUUAGAACAUGUAUUUUUGAAAGGGAACACUCUGGUGGCAUCCUAGGAUGCAUGAAACACUACCGGCCAUGAAAGUAUCACAGAGACGUUCAAGACAAGAAGGUAUCUACAAAACAUGGAACGCAGGAGCUCCAUCUACCGCAGUGCCAAAAUGCAGCUGUUUGCUAGAGAAAAAUCAAACCUUUCUGCUGCAACCUGUACCAUGUGAAUUACUGCAAUAUUUAUGUCUCUCAGUCACUCCUCAUUGGUACCUGACGCUGGCAGGGAGGCAGGUGGAGGGGAGAACAGCUAUACCGAUUUAUGUAUGUAGCACUGUUCAGUCUAUCAGUCUUCUGAAACCAUCUGUCUGGAUCAUGUUACUGUGCACAUUUUUUUUCUCCUUGCUUCCCCUACCACUUAAACACACCAAGUGAUAGCUUCAGGAGAUAAAUGCUAGACAAGAGGAGACAUAGUCCCUCAGCUCCAUCUUUUACUUAGUAUCUACCUAAAAGACCUUUUACAUCUUUUACAGAGAUCUAAGUCUAUGUAAUGCCAUAAUAUGAUAUAUGUGUUAAUGGUGCCACUUACGGACAUCACCUUGUUAAACCUUAUCAUUUCUUAAUUUGUAACCUAAAUCUUUUUCUUUUGUUUAUUUUAGCUUUAAUAUGUAAGCAACUUUUAUACUAUUCAGCAGCACUGAGAAGAAAGAUCUUUAUCUGGAUCUUUUAUAAUACAGCAUGGAGAAGACUAAGAGCUUCCAGUGAGCACAGGGAUUUAAUACUCUUUAACAUUCACAAAUCAGGGCCUAAAGACCACAGCUAAGCUAGACUUAGUUGUGCUAGGAGUUUUACAAAUAAAUAACAAAUUCCAGCUCCUUUCACAGGUUGUAUGCCGUCUAUAAAAAAACAAAGGCCAACAAGAGAAAGAGGGAGUUGUCACUGUGUUAGGAACAACUCAUAAUAGAGUAUGUCCCCAGAGCCUGUUACAAGGGUGAGCACCAUUCUUCCACUAAUUGGGUGUUUGGGGGCUACAUUUUACAUAACUAAGCAUGUUUGUUAAGUAUUGAAAUCAUAAGUAAGUCUCUGGAAAACAAGAAUUAUUUUUUCAUCUUUUUCUUCUGCAAAAAUUGGGAUCGAAUGCCUUCAAAUGUAAUGCGACAUCCCUGCUGUUGAAUGACUAUCCUGCACAACAGAUUCACCCACAGUCUGAUCACUGGGUUGAGUUUGUGACCUGGACACACACAUAGGGCAGAAGCUCCAGCUGCACCCACCAGGUAGCAAUGGAAGACAGUUAGGAACCAAGCCCCCCAUGUGACCAUGGAGUACUUCGUCCUGCAGAGAAAGCCUCUAACUUGUGAGGAUCUGCUGCAACAGUGUGCUAGUGAUUUUCACAUUUUAGAAACCCUACUUUUGGUUCAAAGUUCUUUGUCUUUCUGUUCUUUGGCAUUUAACUUUCUCUGUUAGAGUUCAGUGAGAGAAAUCAACCUCUAAUCAGUAAUUUUACUAGCAACAAUAAAUAGUUAUUUGUUAUUUCUUCUUGAGACAAACUCUGAUAAAAUUUAGCAAUGUUAUUCUUUCUUUUCCUUAAAGCUCAAUGUAAUUUUUAACUUUCCAGUAUUUUUUUUCUUAACACUAAUGGAUGCAUUAGUGCAGCCAGGCUAAGACCAGGACAGUUGUAUUAUAAAAUACACUGUGUUUUUAGACAACUAUUUAUUUUAAGUAUAUGAGAGACUGUAGAUCUGUCAUUUGUUCAUAGGACUAAGCAUUAAUGUUCUGUCACAUGCUUUGUUCCUGAUUCCCUUCAGUUCCCUCUGUGGCCAGGGAUAAUUUUUUCUUCUAUGCUGCCCUCCUUUUUUAGCUGUCCAGCAGAACUAGUAUUUUCCUUAUAAAGGUAAUAUGAGAAUUAGUCAGAGUUAAAUUCAAUUCUCAGACACAUCCAACCAACUCCCUGAGUGCAACAGAAGUUGUAAACAUCCAUCUAGGAGGGACAAACUCAGCAAAGGGAUUUUAUGUGGACCAUAUGAAGAGCAAAAUAUAAAUGCUAAGCAUCAUUGUAUUUGUUACCAACGAAAGAGCUUUUAUGACUAUACAAAAAGCCUGAACAUUGACUAAAGAAUUUGAAAUGUUGUAGCAAACAAGGUAACUUUGUCUACAGUUACUUUCAGACAGACGCGUUGACCAUCUCCAUCUUGCCCGCUCACUUCAUUCUGUGUUCUCAAUAGCCAUACAAGGGAAAAGAUUGUACUGAGGACCCACAGGUUCAGACUGAAGCUUGGUUUGUUCUGGACCCUGAAAUGAAGACUUCACCAAAAACGUUUCUUAAAAAAAAACUCAUUGUACUCUGCAAAAAAUACAAGGGGUUUUUGGAACACCUUCACCUUCCUACUUUGCAACUGAGGAAAGCCAAAUCUGAUGAAAUGAAAUCCAUCCUAUGAAAACUUAUUAUAUAUUAAAAUUGCCUAUAAGACAUGCAUAUUAGCAGAUGAAUUAGAGUCUACAUACAGUGCCCAAAUGACUACAAUACAGCCAAACACCUGCUGUCUCUGAAUCAGAGUGGCAGAAUUCUUUCUUGAUGCAAACGAGAGCAGGACUUAAUGACCCAUGUGUAUUGUGGUAAAUACGGUUACACAUUAAGUUGUUUUGUGUUGUUGUGGUACACUAACUUGAAUUAAUAUGCAGUAAACUGAAAAAAUCACUCCGAUAUUUUUAAAUUUGACGUCUCAACUUUACACCUUAUUUUUUAAAACGCUGGUGGAGGCACCUGGAAUUUUGUUCCUCCUAACAGCAGUUGCAGUCAAUCUCAAGUUAUAAGUGUUGUCAUCAAAGCAACAUAUGUGGAAAGCUAUUAAUAAGAAAGUAGCAGCAUGCAGGGAGAAACUUUUUCAGCAAACUCCAAAGAUGCCUCAAACCAUUUACAUACUCCAUGGUUCUACAAAGAUAGCAUUUUGCAUAUUUAGAGUAUUGCAAGAAGUAGGUAUUGGAAACAGACUGGAAUGUUCUAACCUGUUUAUACAGCUAAUGUCUUUAUAAUGUGCGUGUGUGUGCAAAUGUCUGUGUGUACUGUAAACUACCUCACUUUGCAUUUUCCAGGAAAAAAGAUUUUGGCUUUGAGGUUUCAUAUUCCAAAGCUUUAUAUUAUUAAUUUCACAUGUGUCUACCAGUCUUUUACAUUGAUAAACAGUUUCUCCUUACAAGGGGCAAGAGUUGGAAAUUAGCUAAAAAAAAAAAAAAAAUUAAAAUAUGUAUUUCAAGAUACAGAUGUAAUCUUGUCCAAACCACAUUGCCUCAGUUAUUGCUUGUAAUGUGAACCUUGCAAGAUAAGAUAUUGGGGUUAAGAGCUAAGAAACACAAAAAUAUUAUGUUUCAGUUUUUAUUUUUCAAUAGCUUUCCAUUAAUGUGUGCCUUCUCUGGAAAAUAAUACAAUGCCACUAAUCAAAGCAAAAUGUUUGUAUGUAUGUUUCCCCGUACCCUCCUCAUUAUAAUGUUAAAUGUUUUGUUGAAGUAAACCCACCUAUUAGUGUAUUUGUACAGUAGAAUGUGUUCGUUGUAUUGUAGCCACGUCAAAAAUAAAAACAAUACAAACAAAAUAGCUGCUUCAACUCUAAACACAUGGUUUUCUGACAGAAGCAGGUGACGGAAAUUGGGAAAAUGGGUGGUGAAUUGUAAAAGCAACUCCUUUGUUACAGCACCUGAGAAACUGCAAAGCACUGUAAAGGACCAUAUUCUGCCAUCAUUGCUCAAGGGAAGCCGUUCUUCACUCCAGGACCUUUUC